ACAGCUUGUCCUAGUUUGACACGAAGUUAAGUGAUCAUGCGACAUCGUGACAGUCAGUAGCCUACUACUCCUUCUGUAGGACCGUCGGAAAAUAGCAUGUGCAACCUAAAGUCAUGAUUUAGCAUAUUGACACGACCAUCCGAUGCAAUGUGUAGCCUAAUUGUUGAAUGCUAAAACGUGCUGGCAUUGUGUUCAUCGAUUUCCUUGUCAGAGGAUAAAAUUAACGGAAAUGAAAUAUUUACUCAUUUCAAAAGCUGACGUCCACAUUUCAAAGUAAUUGUUUACCGAGAAAAUAUCUACAUACGCCCCGCCUCUCUGGUCAACUCCCCCAAUGAUGGCAGGAGGAACCAUUAUGCUUGGUGCUCCACAGUGGUUGAAAACGUGCUUCGUACAGUUGCUGGUAGGCUAAAUACAUGCAGAUCGACGUGCGCAGAAUUGGAUUUAAAUGGAUUUAUCUGUCUAAUUGUACGGAAAUCAAAGUGGGCGAUAUUUGCUGUAGAAUGUUUUAUUUUUUUUUGUAUUUCUGAAGAGACACAUUCACCCAAUUAUUUCAGAAUCUGAUUAGCUAUUCACAACAGUUGCACAUGGUUUGGUGAUUUAAAAAAAGUCAGGGAAAUUGCCACUUAAUUGGCGCAGUGUUCUUUAUUGUUUUGUUUAGAAUUGUGUUGUUUAAAAUGCAGUUGAAAGCUAAACCGACGUCACGGAUCUUUUUGGACAUUGCUGACAUACCGUCAUUUGCAGAGCUGCAAUGUGAUUCAUUCAAUGAUUUCUUCUAAUGGAGGGUGAAUAACAACUUGAAUUUGAGAAAAAAUGUCUACACGUAAAUAGAGUGAAAGAAGUAUAAUCAAGGCUCCAAGGAACGUUUACGUUUUUAUAAAACAUCGAGGCUAUCUACAGCAUUUCAACAACACUGACUGCGAAAUCCGCUCACGUGAGAAAAAUAUUUUGCGACUCUGUCUAGUCGAAAAGAAUUGCUUCGUCUAAUAGGAAUGGAUGGAAUCGGUAAUACAAUGCAGAAGAAGGCUGCGGAGUUGGAGCGCAUGGCUGAAGUCCUUGUAACCGGGGAGCAGUUGAGGCUCCGGCUCCACGAAGCGAAGGUAAUCAAAGAUCGGAGGCAUCACCUCAGGACCUAUCCCAACUGCUUUGUGGCUAAGGAGCUGAUCGACUGGCUGAUCGAGCACAAGGAGGCCUCUGACCGGGAGACGGCCAUUCUGAUCAUCCAGAGGCUGCUUGACCAGAGCAUUAUUCAUCACGUCUGUGAUGAGCACAAGGAGUUCAAAGACAUGAAGCUUUUCUACCGUUUCCGGAAAGAUGACGGCACCUUCCCGCUGGACAGUGAAGCCAAGGUUUUCAUGCGGGGGCAAAGGAUAUAUGAAAAGCUGAUGAACACAGAGAACUCCCUUCUGCAGACCAGAGAUGAGGACGGUGGGACCUUUGAGCGGACACUGGUGGCAUCAGAGUUCAUUGAUUGGCUUCUGCAGGAGGGGGAGAUGGCCACCAGGGAGGAGGCAGAGCAGCUUGGGCGGAGACUGCUGGAGCACGGCAUCAUUCAGCACGUGACCAAUAAGCACCACUUUGCGGACGGGGGCCUCCUGUACCAGUUCAGGAUGAACUUCCGGCGGCGGCGGCGGCUGAUGGAGCUGCUGAACGAGCGCUGUCGCGCCAUCCCGGAGAGCCAGGACAGCCCCUUCUGUCUGCGCAAGCAGAACUCCGAGGGCGGUAACACCAGCUUCCUCUCAGUCAGCCCCACGAAAGAGAUUAAGGUGGUGUCAGCAGUGCGGCGGAGCAGUAUGAGCAGUAGCUGCAGCAGCAGUGGCUACUACAGCAGCAGCCCCACCCUCAGCAGUAGUCCACCCGUCCUCUGCAACCCCAAGUCAGUGCUGAAGAGACAAGUCAGCCCUGAGGAGCUGCAGACGCCGGGGGGGCCGUACAUAAAGAAGACAUUCACGAUUGUGGGUGAUGCCGUGGGCUGGGGCUUCGUGGUGAGGGGGAACAAACCGUGUCACAUCCAGGCUGUGGACCCCAGUGGCCCUGCUGCAGCUGCCGGCAUGAAGGUUUGCCAGUUUGUGGUCUCUGUCAAUGGCCUGAAUGUUCUGUCCCUGGACUACAGGACCGUCAGCAACCUCAUUCUGACUGGGCCACGAACCGUCGUCAUGGAAGUCAUGGAGGAGAUUGAUUACUGACGCUGGGAACUAGGCUCCACCCCCCUGACUCUGGCCUCACCCAAUGAGGGCAGUCCCGAGGACGCAAAGACACACACUCCUGCCUGGCUAGCCCGCUGUACGCUUAGGGCAUUGGGCCUCUUCUCAGGGGCCUCGGUGUUGGUCUCAUCAGAGAGCCAUCAAGAAAGAAACCUUUCUUCUUCACAUCCAGUCACCGUCUCACGCGUUCGCCCGUCUCUCCUCCGUGCCCUACAGCAAGGGGAAAUUUUACACCAUGUUAAUGGAGAUCGUUUUCUACACCAUGUUAAUGGAGACCAUUUCGUGCCUAACACUUUUUUUUCAGUGUUGGUUACGAAAGAACUAAAUUUACCAUGAAUAAACAGUAGGCUGGUCUGAAUCUUCUGCAAGAUGACAAAGCUCUGCCUGUGUGGGAAGGCAAUCUGGACGGUCUGUUCUGUACCUCAGAGAACAUACUGUGAGCAGGAGCGGCUCAGAGACGGAGGAGGACGCAGGGUAUCUCAUAGAAGUGCAACAGGAGUCCUGCCCACUCAUUUUUACUUUUUGCUGUUGGACAAAAAAUAGUGUUCAGAAAAGACUUGUUUGUAGUUAGUAUAGCUUUAUUUCUCUUGAUUAAUCUACUAGGACUUUGACAAUGCCGACUUCACAGUAUUCCUCGAAGUACCUCUAAGGGACAUUUAAAUGACAGAAAGAGUAAGCUAAAGCAACAGUCGUUCCUAUGUAUAGUGCUUAUAUCAGAAAGGUGGCCGAGGGUUACUUGCAGGGAAAUAUUGUUGCCAGUUAAAUGACCUAUUAACCUCAUUAAUGAUUGUCCAGGAAACUUCAAAGACCAAGCUUGAAUUUAACCCCCACUGGCCACAAACAUCACCCCACCACUAACAAUGAAAAGCGCACAUACUAGCAUGUUUAUGUUCAUGUUAUUUGUGCCUUUUCACUGCUAGACCCUAUGUGAAUUGGAAUAAUGUGUGGAGGGGGUGGUAUGAAAUAUAUAUUUGGAGUUCACAUGGUUUGCACUAGCAAAGUGCAUUUUCAUUCAUUAACAUAGAUUUUUUUUUAUUGAUUAUUGAUUGAAUAUUUUGUAUAAAAUAAUUUUUUUGGCUGCUGGUCACUUACAUGUUCACUUUAAUGUCUACUAGUAUCAAUGAACAUUUGUUACCUUAGACAAAGAUUACUAUUAUAUGUUAAAACACUGUUGAAGUGCAAACAGAGUAAGUAGCAUGUGUAUAUAUGAAUACCUACAUAGCAUUUUCAGAACAGAUAAUGAUUUAUAAAGACUAAAGCACUUAAAAAAUCACUAUUCAUCAGUGAUGUUUUUCUUUCCAGGUGAAAAGAAAAAAAAUCUAGACAUACUGUACUUAAUUUUGCUUCUUGCUGAAACUUUUUGAAAGUUUAAAUGUACUAUUUCACCUCUAUCACCACCAGACUAGCUGCACAUUGGUGUGUAACUGCGACUCAGAAAAGCAGUGUUUUAUUGCAGGAGUUACCGGUCUUAUCCAUGGAGAACUGAUAUGGGUAUAUGCUUCUUUCCUAGACCAGCACUAAAUUAAUAGAUUGAAGGAAUCCACUAAUUUUGGUCUACAGUCACUACCUUGAUAAAUUGAAUCAGGUGUUUUAGUGCAGAGAUCCAGCACCCUCACCAGACCUUCUAGGCUAAGAUUGGAGCCCCCUGAUUUUGCCCAUUUACAAUAUGGCUAAUAUUUUUUUGUUUAAAAGUGUUUUUGUAGGUUUUAACUUGCUAGUAAAGAUAUGCUAUUCCAGAAGCAAUGUGAUGUACAUUAACAUCUUUAAAAGAAUUGUGCUAGCUGAAGAAAUUGCAUAGCAGUAAGUAGUAUCAAGUACAUUCGUAAAAGAAUGCAUGCUUGCCAUUAAAAAUUUACAUUGACUUAAAUUUUUAAAUUGUAUAAUACUACUACAUAUUGCUAAAAUAUGUAAGAAAAGCAUAGUUUAAUAUACACUAAUAUUCAAGAGGUUGCCAUUUUCAUGGGAUAUGACAAAACAGUAUUGUUUUGACACUCUGCAAAAUCUGUUUUCUUGUUUUAAGGAUAAUUGUUGAUAGCACUGUUUUAUUGUAUCCAAAUUCUUUAACAGUUCUUCAUGAGAAAGGAAAACAUUAGAUACGGAUAGAAAGUCCUUGUACAUGCAAAAUUGAGCUAAUUGAGUUUUCAUGAGCACAUUAAGUGUAAGAGAAUUAAAUAUUUGUGAGACUGAGCAAUUUUCAAUGAAAAAUGCUCUUUUAAUGAGAAACAUUUUUUGCAGUGCAUCCAUUCAAAUCUUUGUAAAUCUAGCGAGAAACUUGCUUAUCCAUUUGUAAGGUUCUAUGUUCAAGCCUAAUUCAGAAUGUUUUAUGGAUUUUUCUAUUAACAAGACGUAAACAAUGCACAAAGCCUUUUAUCUAGGUAACAAAUUGACGGUGUCAUAGACUUGAUUUGCUUUGUAUUGCUGUAAGCUUGAAUAAUUUGCCUUAAUAAUUUAUUAUCUGCUUAAUGUUGCAGUAAGCCUCAGAUAAUCAUUUUCUUCUUUUGAUUCAGUUCACACUGUGAGAACCCUCUUGACAGUUAGUCUUUUUCUUGCUAGGAUAAUCAACCAGUGUUGUUUUACUGCAUUCUGCACAUUCUUUUUUUUUUUUUUUUUUUUUAAUAUGCAAAUAGAGAAAACUAUGUAGCUAAGAAUGUUCAAUCGUUUGAAAUGCAGGGGUCUCAUUUUAAGUACCACCAGCUUGCAUCACAACCAGAAAUUAUGUCUAUAGCACUUAAAAUGUCAAAAUAGUGUGUUCGAGGGAGUUUUUCUUGGUUUCAUUCAUAUUUGGAUGAAAUAAAUCUCUAUGGUACAACAUUCAAAUUUUAUAGUGUAGCUUAAGUUUUUGAAGUUCAAUGUUCAAUCGUAGGUGGUUUUAUUAAAUACGACUGUUUGUUGUAAAAUGUUUUCUUUUGAAAAUAAAUAGCCACUAAUGAUUGGAA